UCUUUACUUUGUGUUUCCUGGCCCCAAGAUAUAUGCAUGCCAUGCUCUUUUCUUUUUUUCUUCUGCUUUGAGGAUUGUAUGUUGAAACAUUUUUCUUUUUUCUUCUUUCUUGCUGAGUUGUUCAUGAUUUAUUGCAUCUUGACAAACAAGGAGAUAAGAACCAAAGGAGUCACUUUCUGUAAAUAGUUUUCAGGAAUAAAGGAAGAAAUGGAAAUGCCUUUGCUAGGUUAAUAUUCAUAUAGCUGGAAUUAGACUGCAUGCUGUUCAUGUUUAUGCUUUUGUGGCUGUAGAGAUUAAUUAAGAGAAGCUUCCUUCUCAUCCUCUAGUUUUUAGAUGUGGGUUUUUGUUAAGAAUGCCCAAUUUCAGCGAAUUUUUAUUAGUAUCUAAUGUUGCUGCUGCUACUGCUGUGUGUAUUGAUGAUGGUUGGAAAGAUUCAUAGAUUGGGAAAAGCUGUGAGCAGAUACAUAAUUUAUUGAGUUUCAGUCCUGAUAAUUUCCAAGGAAGGAUAAUUCAGAGAGCAAGAAUAAUGGGCCGCCAUUCUUGUUGCUACAAGCAGAAGCUUAGAAAGGGCUUGUGGUCUCCUGAGGAGGAUGAGAAGCUCUUGAGGCAUAUUACAAAAUAUGGCCAUGGAUGCUGGAGUGCUGUUCCCAAGCAAGCUGGUCUUCAGAGAUGUGGGAAAAGUUGCAGGCUGAGAUGGAUCAACUAUUUAAGACCGGAUCUGAAGAGAGGUUCAUUCAGUCCACAGGAAGAAAAUCUUAUCAUUGAGCUCCAUGCACUUCUUGGCAACAGGUGGUCUCAGAUAGCAACCCAGUUGCCUGGAAGGACUGACAAUGAGAUAAAGAACUUGUGGAAUUCAUGUAUUAAGAAGAAGCUGAGGCAACGUGGUAUUGAUCCUGUAACUCACAGGCCUCUGUCUGAGAUUAGUGCUGGUGAGACUGCAGGAGGAGGAGGAGAUGAUAGCAAUAUCAACAAGGCAGCGACUGCUUCUGUUUCUCUGGAUGACAAUAACAAUAAUUUGAAGCAAGCUGAGGAUUUGAGGAAUGAAGUCACUGAUACUGCAGCCUUUUCUAAUCCUAUGGAACAUGCCAUGUUUGAAUCCCAUGAAGUCCUGAGAAAUCAUCAGGAUAUAGAUUCCAAGGACAGCAGUAACAUGUCCUUGAGACAGGAAUUUCUUCUGCAGAAAUACAACAAUGGAAAUGACAGCCCUGUAACCUCACUUGCUGAUCUCAAUUUCAUGCAGUUAUCAGCCCAUGUUUUGAACAAUCAUCAAAAGCUUUCCUCUUUAAGCAAUCCCAAUCCAGUUUUAUGCCUGCAGCCCCCACUCCAGAGCUCUUGUGAGAUCCCCAUGGGUGAAAACGAGAUUUCAUGGUCAGGGCUGCAUUGCAAGGAUACUGCAGAGAAUUUUCUGGGGAAUGUUAAUUCAGAUUUUACAGUUUCAAGUGAGUUUUCUGACAAUAAUUGUAUGAUGGGCAAUCCAUCUCUUUACAGGGCAGGGCCUGGUCUUUCUUCCUUCUUGUAUUCUAAUAGACUGAUGGGCAAUCAGGAUUUCAUGGACAACUCUGGGACUAAUUACAUGACCAGGGCUCAAACAUACUGGGAUAAUCAUAAUGUGAGUGGAGCCAGCAGCAGUAGUAUAAGUGGGAAUAGCAGUAACAACAUAGAGGUCAACAAUGGCGGCUCCUUUUAUGAAACAACAGGCAACAUUUGGGGAUUGGGUGAAGCAGCACAAGGAGAUGGAUCUGACAUUACUUCAGAAACCGAACUUUUUCAUGCUCCAUUUUCCAGUAAUUCACACGCAAUGUAUAUUACUGAAAGCAAGCCUUUUGCUGGAAAUAUAUACAGUGGAGACAAUCACAAAAAUGCAGCUGAUUGCUCAGUUUCGUGGCAGCAACAGGUAACUGAUCCGGCCUAUGAUAGGGCCUUUACCCUAUUAUCUCCUGAUUUCCAGCACAUUGUUGCAGCUCUGGAUCAAAUAUAAGACAGAUUUAACUGUGAAAGAUGAAUGCUAAUUAUCAAGGAUAUCACUCAAAAUUUUAUUUUGUUUUGUUUCUCUGCCCUAACACUGAUUACCCAUAUUAUAAGAUCUUGGAAACCAUGGUUUUUUACCAGAAUUGCAGGUUUUGGAGGGUGUAAUAAAAUUACAGCCAUGGGCAGUGUUCAAGUCAAGACAUGGAAUUUGGUUGGUUCUAUGUAUAUAGGUCAGUUACCAAAAAGCAAAAAAAAUAUCAACAAAGUUGUUUAAUAUCUGCAGCCCAACAAAGUGUUGUGAAAAGAAAUUUCAAAGGAGUUUUGUGAUAGGAUCUCAAUGUCAGCCCAGAUCAAUACUUGUUCACUGUUGUUCAUAUUUGCUUCGAUAAAUUUGUUUGAAAUAUUCAUUCGUCUCAAUUCUGUGUUAAUCCAAGUGUGAGAUCAAUAAAAGCUGCAAUAAGUUGCAAAUUUUUUAAAAA